GCGCUGAACGUCGCACGUAUCCGCGCGCGCGGGCCAUGGUCGCGAGAACCGAUGAGAUGUUCGGGUGCUAUGGUGACAGCUACUCGUACCGCCUGUGGAGCCUGGCCAACGUGUGGGGCGCCUGCCGACGUGAGUAGCGCGCCGGAGUGAGUGGCGCGAGAGGCGCAGUGACGUGACGUGCUGAUGAAAGUGCACAGCUCGCUUAUGGGAGUGGGCGGCUGGUGCGAGCGCCUGGCGGCCGGCUGGCUGGCCGACAUGCGGAGUAAGCAGGUUCCCACCUCGACCACCUCGGCCAGGCUCGCCGCAUUCAUUCGGCCGCUGGGAGGCGGUGAUGUGGGCGCGGGCGUGGGCGCGCGUGGUGGCGCAGAGGGCGAGGAGGAGGAGGAGGAGCGCGGGGGCUCACCUCUGGGCCCCGGCGGGCCGCACCGCUGCACUCAGUGCCGCGGCGCCUACCCGUCACGCGCCCAGCUCGAACGACACGAGACUCUGCACGCGCCCAGCACUCAGGUGGAUACCCAGCAAUAUAGCUGCAAGAUCUGCCACAAGAGCUUCCAGAACGUGUACCGGCUGCAGCGGCACAUGCUGAGCCACGACGAGAGCGCCCUCCUGCGCAAGUACAAGUGCAACGACUGCGACAAGGCGUUCAAGUUCAAGCACCACCUGAAGGAGCACCUCCGCAUACACAGCGGCGAGAAGCCCUUCGAGUGCGCCAACUGCGGAAAGAAGUUCUCUCACUCCGGCUCCUACUCCAGCCACACCACCUCCAAGAAGUGCCUUGUCAUGAACCUGAAGAUGGGUAGGAUCAAACCCAACAACCCGGUGCUGACCCUCAACCGCGGUCCGACGCGGAAGCGCGCCUCCGCGAGUGCGUUCGUCGCCUCGCACGUCAACAAUAACUUGCUGCCCAACGGCGGCUCCUUCCUGCCUCUGCUGCCGAAGUACAACGACGCGACGGCCUUCUUCGCUUCCAUGUCGGCACAAGAAAACUUUCCUCGCGCGCCCCUCCCUCAGCCGGCGCUCAACCCCUUCUACCUGCCGGCCGGCGUGCCUCUUAGUCCCGCGGCAGGCAUCGCGCCCUACAGCUUUCCUUCUACCCUCAGCCAACUUUUCGAGCGGAUAGCCUCGACGCAGUACCAUCAGAGAAAAAUGGAGAAUAUUAUUGAUCCAAAAUUAAGUAGUCCUCUCGCCGCGAACCCCGAGGACAUGAUAGAAGAAAUCACAGAAGAAGAUGACAAACGAUCCGAAGGCAGCGCGGAGCUUGUAAUGGAUAUAGAGGACGAGGAAUCGGUAGCUAUCAAGAGAGAAAAUGAAAGAGCGGAUAAUGAAUUUCGGCCGCAGUCCCGCGACUCGAUUUUUGACUCCAAAAAUAAUUUAGAUAAUAGUGAACACGACCUCACUAGGUCGCCAAGAAUACGAAGAAUUGAAAACCUAUUUACAGAGAGAAUAAAGAGCGGGUCUCCUGCGGAUGGAACGUUCCUCGGGCCACCGCAUUCGCCCGGACUUACGAUAAAAGAUGAGAUCGUCGACGACUUCGUAUGCUAUAAAUGUAGUCUGUCUUUCAAAGACAAAAAUGACUUAAUAGAGCACGAAAAGUUAGUGUGCGGAAAUCUCUUCAGGAAACACGAAGGCCUCGCAGCUCAAGUGGCCGAGACGGUGGCGCUCAACAGACUGGAGGCCGAGCUGCAGGCGAGCGCGCGCGGUGCCGGCGCCAGCGACGACGACGAGACGACCACGCGGGAGGAGCGCGACGACAAAGUAUCGAUUCACGAUACGGAUAGAAAGAUCAGAGUGCGCACCGCGCUGAGCGAGGAGCAGCAACAUGUUUUAAAAGAAUACUAUGCGGCAAAUUCUCGACCGAAUCGGGAGGAAUUUAAGAAAAUCGCACAGCAAAUAGGUCUGGACAACCGAGUGGUUCAGGUGUGGUUCCAAAACAACAGAGCUAGGGUGCGGAGAAUGACUCAGCCGGUCGCCCACUCGGACCAACCGCUCGACUUGUCAACUAAGAAGUCUAGUCCGUCCCUGGCGUCGAGCCCGAGCCCGUCGUCGCCGGGCAGCGCGCCCGCCACGCCCGGCACGCCCGGCACGUACGCGCUCUCCGACUGCGAGGAGGCGGUCAAUCUGAGCCAGAAGUCGUCGCGCAGCACCACACCGCUGCGCGCACCGCCCGGCCCCUCCGCCCACACCCCCGGCACCACCUCCGCCCCCGCCCCCGGCCCCGGCCCCGGCUACCCGCAUUCCAACUGCUCCUCCUCAUCAUUCUCAGAUUUUAUGGUGUCUCCCUCGCCCACCGAAAUAGUGCUCGGACACAAACGAAUGUACUCCAAGAAGAUGUCCGCCAAUCCUAUUAUACCGAUGGGCACUCUCCUACAAUACAGCGACAUGGUGCGCGUCCCCGCGCCCAGCCCGGGCUACGAGCGGGCUGAGCGGGCCGAGCGCGCCGACCGCCCCGAGCGCUCCGCCUGGGACGAGGCGCCGAUGUCGGCCGACUACGACGACGACGCCGCGCUACUGAAGAAAAAAAUGAAAACCGAACUGAAAGAAGGAGAGGGGCAAUUCGUGUGCAACCAAUGCGAUAAGACCUUCGUGAAGCAAAGUUCUCUGGCGCGGCACAAGUACGAGCACUCAGGUCAACGGCCGUACAAGUGCGAGGAGUGCCCGAAGGCGUUCAAGCACAAGCACCAUCUGACGGAGCACAAGCGGCUGCACACGGGCGAGAAGCCCUUCCAGUGCUGCAAGUGUCUCAAGAAGUUCUCGCACUCCGGCUCCUACAGCCAGCACAUGAACCACCGCUUCGCCAUCUGCAAGCCCUACAGGGAUUAGACCCCGCGCCCCCUGCGCCCCCCGCGCCCCCUGCGCGCCCCGCGCCCCCCGCCGCCGUGUGAAUGCGAUGCUUGCGAUGCAUCAUGCACUCGAUAUCGAUAAAUAUAUAAAGUAUUCGUCGCUCGGUAUUUCGUUGUGUAAGUUAAGGUGUAUGCUCGACGGCGUGUUGUCAUGUCACGUCGUGUCCCGAGCCAAAGGAGACGUGCCAUUCGCUACAACCAAGUUCUGUUACUAUGUUAAUAUCAAAGGUCAUAUUCAUAUAGUUGUAUAAUAAUAUAGUUAGAUUCGCUGUAGCGUUCGUCGCGAGCGAAAACGCCAAAGACCAGUACCUGUGCAUAAUUCUCCUCGAGAUUUGUUUCAUUACUAAGUACAAUAUGCUCUGUUCUGGACGGCGUGUGCAACCGCACGAACGAAGAUUUCGUUGGUCCAAUCGUGUGGGUAUUUAAUGUGUAUGUGGUCAAUAUUUUAUUCGUUGUGUGUGCAUUAAUAUUUACUACGCUAUAUACGUACGAGAAAGUCCGCAGAUUCUCAUCUGCAAACUAGAUAUAUUGACACCGAAAUUUUAUCUUUGAAGUGGAAAUCAGUAUUUGAAAAUGUAUAAGGAUAUAUUAAAUGUUUCUUGUAUGUUCGCAAGGGGUUAGAAAUUUAUCUUUUGUUGUUAAAAUGUUUAAGAAAUAAACGUAGGCUUAUCGUAACUUAAGAUAAAGUAACAGAUAUAAGUGUUAGCUAGAUACAAUCUUACUUAAGUUGAAAGCAUUCCAUAAUACUCGUGUGGGAUCUCUGCUGUGUUAUACACUUGUUUAGUCCAAAGAUUAGCUCUCCUUUGUUGUAAAUAUUGCAUUAAUAAUGUAAAUAAACUACUUUAUUUGUAAAUAGAAUCACUUGUGACGUCUUCGUGUGUACGUUGUGCAUGUCACGUGGUGUGCCCCGCGACACCCCGCGCGCCCCGCGACACCCCGCGCGCCCCGCGACACCCCGCGC